UUGACGAGUCGCAACGAGCUAGAUAUCCGCGAAUCGUUACAUCCUUCUCGCGACCAAGAUCUUCCGCUGAGGAAUUCGGAAGUCGACAGAGACAUAGCAAACUUUGUCUCUUAUCAGCUCAAGAACGACGAGAAACUCCAGAGGUGGAAAGCGCACCACGAUGAGUUUGAGGCAAAAUUGACAACAAGUGCACAAGGAGUGUUCAGAUAUGUCGAGUGUCAGUUCAAAGCCAUAAGACGGGUCCGCAACCAGGUCCAGCUUGGCAAAUGUCUAAACACAUUGCCCCGCGACCUCGAUGAGACAUACGAGCGAAUCUUGUGCAACAUCGACGAAGAAUAUGUCGAGGACGUGCGGCGGGUUUUGACUCUGCUUUGCUUCUCCACCCGACCGCUCACGGCUAAUGAGCUCAUCGACGCACACGCUGUUGAUCUCAAUGAGUCGCAGCUUGAUCGUGACGGCCGUUCGUACGAGCAAGAUGACCUUAUCGACAUUUGCCUCGGUCUUAUCGAGAUCGCAGCCCCGGAGGAAGACAACAGACAGAACACCUUGACUGUUCGGAUAGCGCAUUUCUCAGUUCAGGAGUAUCUUCACCCAGAUAUGCCUGGUCUACCUCCUGGAGCCAACUCAUUAGAUAAGUCAAAGCUCACUGAGUUCCCGUUUGCUCAUUUCGCGGCUAUGCAUUGGUUUCAUCAUUAUUCAAUCUCAUCAAGCGAAGCGAAGCCCGCAAUUGAACAACUAGCGUCGAAGCUUUUCAAGGACGAUAUGAAGGCAUUCGUGACAUGGAUACGGUUACAUGACAUGGACCGUCCGUGGGAUAUGAGUGUGGGUUAUAAUCGUCUUGUUACGGAUAUGGCUUUGCCUCUAUACUACGCAGCAUUAUUAGGAUUAGAAUCCGUCCUGAACAGUAUCUUAGCAAUUGCCACCAGGGACAGAGGUUCAUCGGAAACAGUGAAUAUCAAUUCUCGAGGUGGGCGGUACGGCAAUGCCCUCCAGGCCGCAGCAGAUAAAGGUCAUGAGAAGUUGGUGCAGACGCUGUUGGAUCGAGGUGCCGACAUAAAGGCCCAGGGUGGAGUAUAUGGCAAUGCACUUCAGGCAGCAUCAGAGGGAGGGCAUAAGAAGAUUGUGCAGAUGCUGCUGGAUCGAGGGACCGACGUCAACGCCCAGGGUGGAUACUAUGGCAAUGAUCUCCAGGCCGCAUCACACGGAGGCCUUGAAAAUGUGGUGCAGAUGCUGUUGGAUCGUGGUGCCGACGUCAACACCCAGGGUGGAGAGCAUGGCAAUGCACUCCUGGCCGCAGCAGAUGGAGGCCAUAAAAAGCAAGUGCAGAUGCUGCUAGAUCGAGGCGCCGACGUCAACGCCGAUCGUCAGUUAUGA